AUGUCAAAAGAGAAAACGGGGUUUCGACAACGUUUCAAGGAAACAUUCCGCCACAAAUCAUCUGAAAGGAGAGCAGCUAGUACCCAUGGAAAGUCUCGAAACAGCUCACUGGAUAUGAAUGAGACUAUCGUCACCGAAGGCCGCCAAGCUCUCAACGGCUGGCCAUCCAAAAUCUCGGAUAUUGCCAAGCAUGUUCCCGAGGGUACUCCCGCUGCCAACGGCCUUGAUCUGGUCCGGGACCUCAUCUCAUCGCUUGCAGACGAUCUGGACUCCGCGCCAAUUUCCACCACGUCAUCAGCCACGACGCAAGAGGUCAGAGCUCUUUUCGGCAAAAUGGCGACGGCGAGGGCUCAUUUUGAUCAACAACAUCAAUUAGUUGACAGCAUCGUCGGCAACAAGUCCGUGGCUGAGAAAUUGAAGAUCACCGUGCUUAUCAACACAGAGGUCAAGAACAUGCUUGACAAUGUCCUUGAGCUCGUACUCCAAGCGCAGCUUGCACAUCAAGUGCAGCCCUACCUUAGCGCGGCUCAGUUGUAUACCUCUAAGAUCAAGCAUCUGGAACAUGAGAUUCGAAGCCUCGAGGAGUCUAUUGAAAGCGUUAACACUCCACGAGUUGUCAACACCUACUCGGGAUCGGGUCACCAAUCAAUCCAUAAUGGCUCUGGCACACAGAACAACAACAAUGGUAACGGGCUGUUCAAUCACGGCCCCCUUUCCGUUUCCAGAGACCUCCACUUUGGAUCAUCCCCUCAGUCAGCUGAGCCAAAACCUUCUCCCUGA